AUGCGGAGGAAUGAUGUGGACGAUCCGGACAUCACACCACCACAGCCCACCUUCUGCCCCGCCCAGUCACCAGGACCCCAGCUGGUACGCUCAGCUACCUACACGGCCCUGCAGCUGUUUCAACUCUACUUCACCAGCUCCGUUUUACAGACAAUAAUUCAAAACACGAAUGAGUUUGGCUCGACAGCCAACAGCCGGUGGACUGAUGUGACAAUGGAGGACAUGUUUUCAUACAUGUCCUUGGUUAUUUACAUGGGUGUAGUGAAAUGCUCUGCACAUGCAGAUUAUUGGCGACAGGAUCAACUGUACAACUUGCCGUUCCCCAGACAGGUGAUGAGCUGCAGGAAGUUCCUCCGGAUCACCAGGGCACUUCACCUCAGCAGCUUGAAGGAGGACGCUGCUAACGAGAAGAAGAGAGGCACAGCCGCCUACGAUCGACUCAGCAAAAUAAAACCACUCUACGAGGAGAUGAGGGAAGCCUGCAAAAGGAACUACCAGCCGAGGCAAGACAUUGCCAUCGAUGAGCGAAUGGUUUCCUCCAAAGCCAGCACUGGACUCCCAUCGAAGAAGGGCUACAGGCUGUUCGUCCUGGCGGACUCAACGAGCGGUUACACGUGGGACUUCUUUGUCUACGAGGGAAAGCUGCAGGGAAAUAGUGGCAACGGGGUCACUUACGAUUGUGUGAUGGCGUUCCUCGACCCACGGCUGCGGGGCUCGGGCUACAAGCUCUUUGUGGACAAUUUUUAUACCAGUCCCGCCCUUUUCCUUGACCUCCUUGAGAUGAAGGUGUGGGCGUGCGGAACCAUCCGCAAGAACAGACAUGGUGUCCCAGAAACCGAUGUCCACGUUCUGGACUCAAAAUCUCCCCUUGGCAGUAUUCGCUGGAUCCGGAGGGACUCUGUCCUCUUUGUCCAGUGGCGAGACACGAAGGACUUCUUCAUGUGCUCGACCAUCCACACGGCCCAUUCGGAGGAGACAGUCCAGAGGAAAGUCCAAGGUGCUGAUGGGCGGCGGGCAGUGAAGGACAUCCCAGUCCCACCAGCAGUGAACGAGUACAACGGGUGUAUGGGUAGAGUGCACGUCUCUGACGGCCAGAUGGGAUUAUACAAGGUCCUCCACAAGACCACCAAGUGGUACAUGAAGUUCUUCUACUAUUUCAUGGACAUCGGGAUUGUGAAUGCCUUUCUCCUCCACAAGGACCUGGCGAAGAGCCGAGGAGCCACACCUCUGAGCCAGAAGGUCUUCAGGGAGACCCUCAUCGAGGAGCUGGCAGAGGCGGGGUCUCCCUCCACACCCACACGUGUACCACCUCCUGCUCCAGUCUCAGUACAUCACAGGCCGGUGUAUAUCACUGGGCACAGCACCAAUGGUCGGCUGGCUUGCAGGAAGUGCCACGCAAAGACGCCGGUGAAGUGCCGCUCCUGCAACGUGCCGUUGUGUCUUCUCCCCCAUCGUGACUGCUACAACGAGUGGCAUGAGGCCCAAAACCUGUAAACUGAUUAUAUGUGUAAAUGUAAAUAGUUUGUCGUGCUUUCAAUUUACUGUGGCUUUGCCUUGGAUAGCCGUUUUACAGUUUAAAUUAAGUUGUGUUGUCAGUUUGUGUUAAUGUUGUCAGCAGACACAUAAAGUUGUGAAUGCACUUUUUCUCUUGUUAAAGUUACUCCCUGCUCCUCUGCUUUGUGACAUCAAAAGUGAUAACAUGAUGUCACCUCCACCUCCAUCACUUAACCGGCGUCUUUAAAAAGCCGUGGUCCCGUCUCCGCCUGACCCGCGGUGCCGAGGAGGCGCCGACACACUAAUGCUCCAGAUCGACACUGAACACGUUCUGUGUUCAACAGGGAGGACGGGGAACUUUCUAUUUGUCUGAACUUUCUUUGUCAGGAUGUUUUUUAAACCACUGAGCGGAACUCGGGUCGUCUGACGGACUAGGAGAACUUUAUAUUAAUUUAGUGUAAAUAAGUGUUAUGAGAGAAAAUGUAAUGCUGCAAAACCUUAGUCACAUGUAUGUGGCUACACAGUCUAUUAGCCAAUGAGGGAAGAGGAUUUCAAAUGUUCAUGUAACUGAUUUAUUCAAAUCAUGAAACCAAACAGAUUCUUCACAUUUAGAAUUGAGAUGAAUUUUGUUGAUUAUUUUUCUGUAUAG